UGUAAUUUUGAAUCGGGGGGGAAGUUUACAGUGGACGUACUUUUGGAGAGUUCAGUGUUGUGCGCUCUCGGUGCGUCACACGCUCAAAACCUCCACUGCAAUCGCACGACUCCAGACUCUCACACAUGCAAAUACAGCCAAGACUCCAGCUUCUGUCUGAACAAGCUGCGUUUUCACCACGAGCUUGAUUUCGCUUCUACUUGUGGCUGCAUUUUAGGAGUGAAAUGGAUGUCAUCCCUAUGUGUAGCAUCUUCCAGGAGCUCCAAAUCGUGCACGACACCGGAUACUUUUCAGCUUUACCAUCUCUGGAAGAGUACUGGCAGCAGACAUGCCUCGAGCUGGAGAGGUACCUCCAAAGCGAGCCCUACGUCUCAGCCACGGACCUUAAAUUUGAGAGCCAGGAGGACCUGUGGAGCAAGCUGAUGUUCGCCUGCGGGGACAAGUCGAAAGAUUCGGACCCAAAGAUCGCCCACAUCAAGGAGGAGGAAGACAAUCAGGACAUCCGGCACCUCGACUCCGACGCCAGCAGCGAGGCCUCGGACAGCUCCGAGGAGCUCUCCCCUACUGUCGACUCCAGCUCUUUGACUGACAUUCAUGGAGACGGUGGCGAAGACCUGGGCUCCACCAUCAUCAGCACACCGCCGUCCUCACCUGAGCUGGGCAAAGAGGGCUCUGUCGCCCAGGUGUGGAGUGGGAUACAGACUGUGCUGCACUCACCUGGGAAAAUAAGGACUGGGGGCAUAGAGAGGAGCGCAGAGAGGACGGGACUGACCAGCGGAGAGGCGUCACCUGACGGCAGGAGGCGGGUGCACAGGUGUCAUUUCAACGGAUGCAGGAAGGUGUACACCAAGAGCUCGCACCUCAAAGCACACCAGCGCACGCACACAGGUGAGAAGCCCUACAGGUGUUCAUGGGAGGGCUGCGAGUGGCGCUUUGCACGAAGCGAUGAACUCACCAGACACUUCAGGAAGCACACUGGAGCAAAGCCAUUCAAAUGCAGUCACUGCGACAGGUGUUUCUCCCGUUCUGACCACCUGGCGCUGCACAUGAAGAGGCACAUCUAAGAUGUCCUCCGCGUCGAGAUCUCUGAGGGAUGAUUCUGGUUGAUUGUCCUGACCUGUGGGGGAUCAGCGAGGCCGGUGUGUCCUGGGAGCGUUAACAGGGGCACCGCCGUGUUCCAGUCAGUGGAAAAAGAUGAAGCAACGCAGGCUAUUAUUUGCACCAUACUUAGUGCCUCCAACACCUCGCUGUGGAGAUUGCUCUUGAAAGGCUUUUCACGGAAGAGCGAGAGGGUGGGUAGGGGGUGGGGGUGCGGGAAGAGACUUGAAAAAAAUGUUAAAAGACUGGAAAGAUCUGGGCUGAAGUAGACGGGAAAAGACUCUUCUGUAUGGUGUUCAACGCUUUUUUCCUGGAGGAUUAUGGGACUCCUGCAGGGGUGCCGUUCCUCCAAUGACAGUGUGUUUGCCUGUACGCAUGGGGACUGUGAGUGCCUGUGACUGGAUGCCUGUGCUGGCUUUAUGGAGUGGAUUGAGCUUGCAUUGUGGGACUGCGAGUGAAUGACACGGAGGGGGUGACGUUGUGCGAGGGAGGUUUUCUAGGGGGAUAUUUGUGGUCUCACUGAGAAUGAAUGCAAGAGUUCUGUCUGUGCUGUUUGAGUCUGUUGGCUGUGGAGGGAAGUAGGGGCCUGUUUUGUGGAUCUGAUUUGCUAUAGAGCGCCCCCUUUCUGCCCGGAGGUGGAACUACAGCUCCCUAUUCAAACACGGGAGGUCGUUUUGUUUAGUGCAGCUAUUAAAUGUGCAAUGUAUUACGUAGCCUGUCUUAAAACAUACACGCUAUAAAGCUCAUUUUGUUGUCCAUUGUGUAAGCUCUGUAUCUUUAAAAAAAAAACAAAAAAAAAACACCGGUUGUACACAAACAGUUAUUGCCAUUAUAACAGAAGUUGCAUGGGAUCUGGGGAUGGGUUGCUCACCUGUUUGCUUAUAGGACAACACAAUUCCAUUCGAGAGCAGCUACCUUCAUAUUACUCAAUAUCAUAGUAUUGUACAAAACACUUAAGGCAGUCAUUUUGUUUUUUAUGUUCUUGAUAAGUUGGGGAUACCACUAUUGCUUGGCAACUGUCUUGAUCAUGGGAUUUAUGUUCCUUUUUCUUCACUUUUGCUCUUCUCUUUUAUUCUAUCUGUAAAUGCACUGUUGACCUUACUGAUGCCUUAUGUAAGUGGCCUUGUCCUGUUGAAUAGAUCUCUCUCUCUCUCUCUCUCUCUCUCUCUCACACAAACACACACACACAACGGGGGCUGCGAAUGCACGAGUGCAUUAUUUAAUUGCUUUAUAAAGGCUGUGAUCCAGACAGUCGCACCUUUGCCCAGACUCCUCUAAACUCCUGAAUAAUAAUUAAAAGAAACUAAAUAUCAGCUUCAUAAUGACUGCCAUUUCUACAUUCUUUCUUGAACACAUCAUAACUAAAUCAUACAAAAAAUGACCGCGAUCUAAGACAGAAUCGCGGAGCACUUGAAAAAGAAACUCAGUUUUCUAAAGGUUUACUACCAUGUAGUAUAAGGUGGCGUGUAUGCACAUGGACUUUAACUUGCUGUCAAAGGUACAGAGUUUUGGAAAUAUGUUCUCAUAUAUUGUUGCAUGCUCAGCCACCAAGGUUGGGACAAAUUAGGAUUUACUGCAAAGGAAAACAUUUACGCUGGGGACAUUUAUAUCCGUUGACGUGUCAAAAGCUUCCAGUCUUUAAAGAAAAUGAUGAGUCCUUAAGAGUAACGACAACAUUCUCAGUCAUGAGUCUGUCUUGAUGUAUGUUUUGGUAAGUUUCGCCCUCAGCCAGGGUGAGUCGGUAUCCUUAGUCAGCCCUGGUGCAAACCUGCGAUCUGACUAAACGGUACCAAAACCAGUUUAACCAGUUGAGCUAAGCUGUGCUGCAGGUGUAGAGUCUGUGUCUGUGUCUGUGUCUGAGAUGAGACCAGGACCAGAUAAAUGUCUGUACCAACUUCACUAUAUGCAUGUUUUAACUUAAGUUACUGUACAUGACUUCAACGCACUCCUCUGUGGGUUGAUACAAUUCUCUGAUCUUUCAAGUUUAUUAAAAUCCCCCCCAGUUUCACAAUUUGACAAACUUCAUCACCAUUUUCCCCUAUUUCUAGAAAAAACCUUUUGGAGCCACAGUGUUUUACUGGAUAACGUUAUGUUGAAAAGUAAGACAUGGAAAUGAUCUGCUUUAAGGGUAUGGCUGGUUUGAAUGGUUACAACCUGUUGAUGUCUGUCACUCAGUAGUCAAUCUCACAGCUGUACAGGUGAACCUGGUCAACAUUAAAGGAAGUCCAUACACUGAGAAAUGUCAAAAAUGCAAAGAUAUGUACAUUGUAAACUAAGAAUUUUGUAAGGAAGCUUCUAUUUUGAAAGGGUAUGGGACCAAAAACAAGUGCAGUGUAUUGUUUCUAAAGAUGAACCAAUAAACACAAGAGGCUGAAGAUGUAUUGUAAAAUAGUCACGCUCCAUUCUCCUUCAUUUGCUUUCUGUAACAUCUUUGUUUUUGAUUUGAUUGGAGGAAGGUAGAGCAAAUGUACGUUUAUACAAAUGUGGCCUAUCACGAAAAAAAAAAAAAAAAAGAAGAGAAAAAAAUCUCUUCAGACAUAAAUUGCUCUGGACACUUGAAUUGUCAUAAUUUUUGCAAUCUGUUGCCCGCUAAGUAUUACUUUUUGUUUUAUUUGCCAUGUGUUUUUCUUUCUCUCAACUUUUCAAAGACCUGCAAAGAGGCCGUAUCUUUAGCUAGAGAAUCUUUAUUGGAUAACCAUGGAGAUAAAAUAUGAGGCUCUAUUUUUGUUUGUUUUAUUGCAUAACAAGAUUUCUUUCAUUUAAAAUUGUUUUGUAAAAUAGUUUCUGUAUGAAUGUAUUUUUUAUUGGAAAAUCGAUAAAAAGAAUUUAUUGGAUCUA